AUGGAGAACAUUUGUAUCACUGUGGCAUCUGGAGAAUUCUCCAUUGGAGUUUUGGUCAACAUCUUCAUUGGACUGGUGAACUACAUGAAUUGGGUUAAGACCAGGAAAAUAUCCACAUUGGACUUCAUCCUCACAGGCUUGGCCAUAUCCAGGAUCAUUCUUCUGUGUACAAUAACAUCUACAAUUAUUUUAUUAGGUUCCUAUUUCAAGAAUAACCUUGAAAAUAAACUGAAAUAUUUGAAGUUUCCAUGGUACCUAUCUACUUUGUCAAGUGCCUGGUUUGAUGCCUGCCUCAACGUCUUCUUGUUUCUGAAAAUCGCCAGCUUCUCCCACCCUGUCUUUCUUUGGCUGAAGUGGAGAGUUUACAAGUUGGUCAUCAGGAUGCUGAUGGGGUGCUUGAUUAUUUCUUUGCUCAUUUUACUGCCACUGACAGAAAAAACACCUCCAAUUUUCUUUUAUCAAAGAAAUAAAGCAAAUAUAUCUGAAAUGACUGAAAUAGAUAACACUGAGCUUUUACUUUCUACAAUAUUCUUUUAUAUGGGGAAUCUCCUCCCUUUCAUUCUAUGUCUGAUUUCUUGUUUCCUGCUAGUCCUGUCACUAUGGAGACAUACCCAAAAGAUGCAGCUCAAGUUCAGAGACUCCCGAGAUCCAAGCACACAAGCCCAUAUGAAAGCCAUAAAAUUCACAAUCUCCUUCCUCUUCCUCUUUGCACUAUAUCAUGUGGCGAUCAUCAUAGGAGUUUUAAGCUUAAUUCUAUUUGCCAACAAUCUGACUGUAAUGUUUGCAAUGAUAGUCAUGGCCAUCUAUCCUUUGGCCCAUUCCAUAAUUCUGAUCCUGGAGAACAGCAAGCUGAGGCAGGCCUUACUGAAGGUGUUUUGGAAACUCAGAUGCCACCUCAGAAAAUCUGGCAGACUCUUUGGAAUAUGA